AUACAUAAAGUAGUACCAACCAGCACGCGCUUUUUUAGAAGGUAUGGAUAUUAAAUAUGGCCGUCGCUUUCGCGACAAAGAAUGAUGAAAACAUUUUAAUUUCUAACGCAGUUACAGGAGCUAAAACGAAAAAUCUGUUGUGUGAUAAAACAGAACAAAGCACUAAAAAAUUAAGUCAUAAGAAGUGGAGAAGGCAUCUAAAAAAGAUGAAGCGCAAGGAAGAGAGGCAGGAUUAUGCCAGAAGAAAGGAAAAAGAGGAAAUUGAAGGUGAGCGCAGAAAAGCAGAAGAUGAGUACUACAAAAUACAAUCAAAAGUAGAAGCUAAAAGGAAAGAAGAAGAAGAGAAGGAAGAACAAGAUCGAAGGGAAAAAGAACAUCAAGCAUGGUUGCAGAGAGAGAAAGAAGCAAUUGAUAGUUUAAAAAAGAAAAAGCAGGAAGAAGAAGAAAAACUCAGGGUGAAACAAGAAAGAGAGGAAAAGAUAAAACGUGAAUGGGAGGAUAAAGAAAAAGUGGAGGCAGAAGCAAAUGCUACAAAAAACAAGAAAGAGGAAGUCUUUAAGAAGGAGAUGGACAACUUACAAAAACAACAACAAGGUGGGCAAGGUCAAAGAUUUUCGAACCCUGAGCCACGUCACAACAACAGAACACAUGCCGCUUCUACUAACUGGCAACAUUCUGGAACAGAGCUGUUCAGUGCAGAACACGUCAGCGACCCGCGAAAUUGCAAGUUUUAUUUAAAGACUGGUGCUUGCCGGUUUGGACCAAGAUGUUCUCGAAUUCAUUUGAAGUUUGAAAACAGUCCGACAAUCUUGAUACAGAAUUUCUUCCAAGAUGCUCGUUUAGCUAUCCCUAUGCUAAACGAGAGAAAUAACGACUCUGGCUUAGAGUAUGACGAAGUCGAUGUGAUUCACGAAUUUGAAAAGUUUUAUGAUGACGUCAUUGGAGAGUUUCGAGCUGCUGGUAAUGUGGUUAUGUUUAAAUGUUGUCAAAACUAUGUACCACAUUUACGAGGAAAUGUGUAUGUGCAAUUUACAAAUCACGACGAGGCAAUGGAAGCGUUGCGUAUGUUUAAUGGACGAUACUAUGCCGGGCGUAUGCUAUCUGUUGAGCUGUCUCCGGUGACAAAUUGGAAGUCUUCUAUAUGUGGUCUUUUUGACAAACGAUUGUGUCCACGCGGUAAAGCUUGUAACUUUCUUCAUGUAUUCCGAAACCCUGGCAACGCAUAUUCCGUUCCGAACAGGACAGAUUUCGAUCCGGAACGUGCUUUUCGAUCCGGUGGUUAUGAUCCGAGCUUCGUGAAUCCGAACCAUCCGGUGUUUAAAUAUUACAACCAGCGAGAUGCAUAUGGUUAUCGAAGUGAGAAUGCUGCAAAGUCACGAGGAAGCAGAGACAGAAACAAGUGGGAUAACACUCGUCAUGAAAAGUCGCCUCGAUCACGUUCCCGUUCGCGUGAUCGAGAUCGAAGAAAAAGAAGACAUUCUCGUUCAAGAUCACAUUCAAGAGGAAGGUCUCGAUCAAGAAGUAGAAGUUCUUAUUCACGAAGUCGUUCACGCUCUCGUUCUCGAUCGCGAUCUCGCCGACACAAACGAAGUAGAACGCGUUCACGGUCGCGAUCACGGAGUAAAGAUCAAAGCAAACGUUCGCGAAGACAUUCUCGUAGCUCGAACAGUAGCCGUGGGUCGAGCAAGAAAAAAUCGAACAAAAACGACUCUGAAAUAUCGGAUACUUCUACCGACUGGUCAGAUUUGAGUGAGGACUAAAAUAAUUACACUUAAGCCAGCCAGACGUCAACGUGACUCUCUUUUCAAGAAAUUAGUUCGAAUGAUUCUGAACGCGUGAUGACAGUAUCAAUGUUGUGUUUUUGUUAGACAGCAAGCUAGACGAGAGACAUACCUAUAUUUUAUUACAAAAAAACUUACAAUUUUGUCUUACUUUUUUUGCAAAAAUGUAUGGCAAUUACGUUUCUUAAAUAUAUCUGACAGCUUUAAGGCA